AACGCACUCUUGAUGAGUAUUUAAUGCGAGAACGAAAAAAAAGGACUCAUCAACUUUAAUGGUUUAAUUGGAAGAAGAAAUGCUGUUUCCAGCAUCGCUGGCGUACCCGUUCGAAAGGUGUCUCUGGACUGGAAAUCGAUGGCCGAUUCUGCGAAAAGUGUGCUUGUGUAAAGUGUGAAAAUCCUUCGGUGGAAAGCUGCUGCCGCCCAGUUUGAGCGCUCACUAUACCGUUCGCGAGGGGGAAAAGACAAGGCAACCGACCAGCCAAAGAGGCAUCCAACAGUUUGUUAUUCCUCGACCGUGCUGCAGCCUCUGGAGCGCCAAAAGCCACAUCGUUGUUUCGUUGUGCGGUAGCACCCCCCAUUAUAAAAAGGAAUACUGUUUUGCGUGAGCUUGCUUCGGAAGGUCAUUAAGAGAGGUGCUCCUGUGCUGCUGCUGGUUGACAUUAGGAGGGAACGCGAAAGCGACGACGACGUUAGCGACGGAGCGAACAACAACAAACCUACCACCGGGAGGCAUCGAGAUGUCGACCGGAUUGGUGGAUAAAUCGUUCGUCAACAAUGACGAACUGUUCUAUCUGAAGUGGAACAACUUUCAGAAGAACGUAAGCACCCAGUUUGAGAAGCUCCGCGAAGAUGACGAUCUCGUCGACAUUACCUUCGCCUGCGAGGGCCAGAUGCUUACCGCGCACAAGCUGGUGCUGUUUGCGUGCAGCCCCUACUUCAAGGAGCUGCUAAAGAAAAAUCCUUCUCCGCAUCCCGUCUUUUACAUGAACGAUGUCAAGUACGACGUGCUAAAGGCGAUUCUGCAGUACAUGUACCUGGGCGAGGUGCACAUUACCAAUGAAAAUCUGAAGGAAUUCAUCAAAACCGCCGAAGGGCUGCAGAUCCGCGGCCUCAGCAAAGAGAACAAUCAGGGCGAUUUGAUUAUACCAACGGGGCAAGGGCAUGGUGUGCUGCGUCGUGAUGAAAAGAGUGAACAGAUGCUGGACGAGUUUUGCCGCAAGCGAACCGACGUUAGCGAUCUGCAGUCCGUUUCGUCCGUCCUCAACAUCAAACGCGUGAAGACGGGCCCCGAUGGCAUGGCAGGCGGUGGACCGGAUGGAGGUGUAUCGAACGUCGAACCGAAGGUGGAAAUGGUUGAGUACUUGGACAGUGAAGGUGCGACCGUCCAGUCGCCAACGUACUGCAGCAUGGAGAACUAUACGGAGAAGAACAAUCCUCGCACGAUGGCUGCUCACAUGGCACCGAUGGGCAAUGCUGGUUUUGCACCAUCAUCCGUCCAAUCGGUGAGUGGAGCUGGUACGAAUCAGCAGCAGCAGCAACAACAGCAGCAGCAGCAGCAGCAGCAGCAGCAGCAACAGCAGCAGCCCGGUGGGUCCGGCGGCGGCGCGCAUGGCCAUAACGUGCACGAGUACAAAUCGGAGGAUGACAGUAGUUGGAUGGAGAAAUCGCUCGACAAUAUUUCGGUCAACUCGGAGCAAAGCCUCAAGUACAAUAGUGGUAGCGGCGGGGGUAGCAGUGGAAGUGGUGGUGGUGGCGAUAAGAACAAGGGACGCAGCAGUCGAAACAGCAACCGCUCGAACGAUGAUAAGGCUAACUGUUUAACGCCCCGGUGCUGUCCGGUGUGUUCCCGGCUCUACUCGAACGUGUCCAACCUUCGGCAGCACAUGCGUUUAAUACACAACCCGACCGCCGUCUGUUGUCCCAUCUGCCAGAAGCACUUCAACUCCGAACUUUACCUGAAGCGCCACUACUCCUCGAUCCAUUCGAUCAAUCCGAACGGUGGCGCCGAUGGGGAUCUCGUCGACACGAAACCACCGACCGCUCAGCUACAGCAACAGCCACCUCAGCAACAGCCAGGCCAGCAACCGACACCACAGCAACAGCAGCAGCAACAACAACAGCAACAGCAACAACAAGCACAACAACAGCAACCUCAGCAGGCGCCGGCACCGGCAGCGAACACGUGGAACCCAUAUCAUCAUCACGAUGCGUCUCAGCUGGUGAAUCCGUUCAUCAAAUAGAGAUCAUUCCGUUGCAGAACCGUUGCAGCGAAAACACAGUAGAACCGCGAGACGAUGGUGGCGAACGGUGUCCAUUCGGAGCAGCACUAUCUGUCUGCAUGCCAGCAAGCCAGGUAGCCAGUGCCCGUGCAAUAGGAUGUAGGGAGAUUAGUUUGCUUCCUGCUCCUCUUUCUUCCUGUCCUCAUUUCUCUCCUUCACAAACCGGAUCUGAUCUGUAAAAUGGCAAAUUCUCCUCCUGCACAGUCUGCUUCUUUCAGUUUGCUUUUAGGUACGAGCACCCUGAACUACGCCACGUUCAGGAAACGGUGCACGGAAAAAGAGGAAAGAGAGAGAGAGGUUGCUUUAGGGUAUAAGCAUGUAGUGAAACGGAUUGCCAAAUUGUGUAUAAACAAAAAAGAAAAAGAAAAAAGAGAGGACAGGCGCGUCCGCUGUAGUUUUGAGGAGCAUUAACAAGCAAACCAAUCAAACAUAGGGGAGAGAAGUUAGAAAGUUAAAUUACGCUAAGUGUCCCAAUCUCGCGACCGCAAAAACGACCCUCCCACAGCUGCCUGUCUGCAGCGGCUGGGAUCAUAAGGCUUCCUUUUUGUUUUGUCCACAUCAUCAUGUUUGUUCCACCGUUACAAGCGAUUACAAGGAUUUCAGUGAUUGUCCAGUGUGUGAGCUCGUAUGCCGUCGGAACCGGGCGGUCGGCAGGAACGACACCGAUACCGCUGCCCCAGCUAUAAUUAGCCCGCCGCGGCGAGUACAUUGUUUUCCGUAUCAUUUAAGUUCCCGUCCCGUCGAGAUGUCCCUUGUAACAAUACCACGUUAGUCGGGCGUUAUCCUAUCGUACAAAAAGCAGUGGCAUGACGGAGAGUUUUUAAGUUCGAAGUUUUGAUUUUAUCGUACAACUACAGAAUAAGCAUCGCGCAAUACGGGAGGGAAUGGCGGUGUUUAGCGUCCUCGCGAUAGAUUAGAAGAUGUCCCAAACAAUGUUUCAAAGUGACGAUUACACGGGGGUAGGAAAUCGGGACUGGUCGGGUGGAUCCAGAGACUAUCGGUACUGUGUACUUAUGCGUAUGCAAAUGAAUUGAUUUUAGCUCAUUUUAGUCGCACUGCAAAAGCAAGCAACACAAAGCCGAGCACAGCCUCACGACAUCCCCCUCUAAAAUCUAUCUCUUAAGUCGAUUGCAUAGCCCGGUUACCCAGGUCUACUGGGUAUCUGACGGUUGCAUGGCAAUGAGAUGGAAAAGGAGAGAAGGAAAAAGCAAAUACCAACGAGAUCUUUGAUUAGGUUUCGAAGCUUUUUAAAACUAGCUAUUUCGGUGCCCAUACGCUUGAUAUAUUACCUUGUACUUCGGUAGUAGGUUCGGUUUUUGCGUUAGCUUUCGUAAUCGGGUGCACGCAGUCGGGCAUCCGAAUCCGGCCUCCCGCUGGAAUAAGCUCGAAGCCCCUACCCGCCCCUCCCCACGAUUAUGUACGUGUACGUACUACUAACAUCUAUUUUAGUGUGAUUCUUGUGUACAUACAUCGGAGAGUAUUAAUAUGAACAUGGUAAAGAUAAUAAUAAUAAUUAUAAUGGUCAAGCUAGAUUUAAACGAUAAGGAUGAGAUGUUGUUUGUGGACGCCCAAUAAACGAACUAGAAAAAAUACAUAAAAUGCGACGAGUGUGCGUACGUAUUGUGACUUUAAACUUCUAAGCAGCAUUGGAGUAGCAGAGCGUGAGGUGCUUGUGUUGUUUGGUACUCCAGUCUUUGAGACUCGAAAACAUCAUU